UACAUUCCGAUCGUCAUUAAUCAAGACGUACCUUUCGUAAUCGAGUCCCGCGUGUACGUUAUCAUGUAAGUCGUAAAUUAAUCUCACGGUGAAACGGUAACGAGAUAUUGCAAGUCAGCGUCUUCGUCCACGAGUCUUACGCCUGAUCAGAUUUAACGGGCGCGAAGAAUGGGAAGAGUUCCGUACCGUGAAUCGCAUUCUCCCUUUGAUAUCCGUAGGAAAAGGAUCGUUCAUUGAUACUUUCAACAGCGCAAGGGAGAAGCGAUGGAGGAUCCCUUCACUACUACCAGCGUCCCGUUCAGCCAACCGGAGACCUUGGGUCACUUCAUGUUCGGAUGGGUCGACUACAUGCUCUUCAGCAUGCUGCUGCUUGUCAGUGUUCUCAUCGGUGUAUACUUUGCCUUCUUCAGCAAGCAGGACAGCACGACGGAGUAUCUCUUGGGCGGUAAACGGAUGGGAUGCUUCCCCGUCGCAAUGAGCAUCAUCGCUAGCCAUAUCUCGGGGAUUACCUUGCUGGGCAUACCCGCCGAAGUCUUCUAUCACGGUACUCAAUACACCGCGUGCGUGUUCACGGCGAUUCUCACCGCCGUAAUCACGUCUUACAUCUUCCUGCCUGUAUUCUACAAGCUGCAACUGACCAGUACCUUCGAGUAUCUGGAGGUCAGGUUCGCCAGACCGGUCAGGAUCCUUUCUUCGGUGCUCUUCACCAUCUCGCUCUUUAUGUACUUGCCCAUCGUCAUCUAUGUGCCUGCCCUCGCCUUCGCACAAGUUAGUCAUUUGAGUGUUCACGCGGUAACGCCGGUGAUUUGCAUCGUGUGCAUCAUUUAUACCAGCAUCGGUGGUCUGAAGGCGGUUGUAUGGACGGACACUAUACAAUUCUCCGUAACUGUCGGAGGGCUUUUUACAGUUCUCGUGUUGGGAAUACUAUCUGUCGGCGGCGUUGCGGACGUAUGGAGGAUUUCCGACGAGGGCGGUCGUCUGAUUUUCUUCGACAUGGAUCCGAGUCCGUUCGCGAGGAACACCUUUUGGGGCAUGAUCGUAGGUAUGACGGUAACGUGGCUUGGACACCUCGGUAUUCAUCCGGGUACGGUGCAGCGAUUCUUGUCAGUGCCGAGAGAAAUCGACGCCAAACAUGGUACCGUUAUUACUGCGAUAGGGAUGAUUAUUGUCAAACUGAUCGUCGUGUUCACCGGAUUGAUAAUGUACGCUAAAUAUCACGACUGUGAUCCUUUCCUGACAAAGGCGAUAAGCCGCACUGAUCAAAUUUUACCGUACUAUGUGAUGGACGUUGCUGGGCAUCUGCCAGGACUUCCGGGAUUAUUCUUGGCAGGCUUAGUGAGCGCCGCGCUCGCGACUAUGAGCGCCAGUUUGAAUACCGUAUCCGGUACCAUCUACGAAGACUUUAUCAGUCCAUGGAUUCCUGAUAAUUCCAAAAAGGAAGCUAUGGCUGCUAACAUUAUGAAGGGUAUCGUCGUAAUAAGUGGCGCGAUUUCUGUGGGCUUGGUGUUCCUAGUCGAACGGUUGGGGCCAGUCUUUCAGAUAGCACUGAUCAUGCGCGGCGUAACUGAUGGGCCCUUGCUGGGCCUCUUCGUGAUGGGAAUGAUGGUACCGUGGGCAAACGCGGGAGGCGUAUUGUUGGGCGGUUGCGUCAGUCUGAUCAGUAUGCUUUGGCUAGUAGGAGGUGCCCAAUGGCACACUGUAUACGGCAGAAUCAAAUACGAUUCCCUGCCCACUUCGGUGGACAGUUGUCCAUAUCCGUUGAACGAGACCGUUCCAAUUACAAUGACACACAUCACGAUGAACUCUGACGAGGAGCCGAUGAUACUGUUUCAAAUAUCCUUCAUAUACUACACCAUAAUAGGAGCGCUAAUCGUUGUUAUCGUCGGGACUGUCGCGAGUUACUUCUUCGGCAUGGAUCUGGAGAGCGUGGAUCCCGAUCACAUCGCGCCGGUGAUGAAAAGGCUCCUGCACGAAAACGUCCCAGGCCGAUGCGAUGAGAGUACGCGAGUAUUCAGGUAUUCCCCGGAAAUGACGUCGCCGAUGCAGAGGAGCUUGCUGGGGCUAACGGUGUUGAUAAUUGUCAGCCUGAUGAUUGUCAGUCUGACGGCCUUCCUGCUCGGCAGGAGGCUCACGGUGGAGACGCGCAGGAGGGACGGCCUGCUCCUCGACAUGAUCGCCAAUAUCAGCGGUAACUUGGACCGGCUCGACACCGGCCUCAACGACAUCGCCGUGCAGACGGAGGUCGCGCGGAACCGCCUGCGGCAGCUGGUAGCGCUUCAUCGGGAGAAUCUCUUCGUGUGCGCGGUGCUCGCCGAGAAACAGAGACUGCGGCGGACGUCCGGCGAGAAGCGGAUGAGGAGAAGAAAACGACGGCGACGGUUCGCCAUGUCGCGAUGAUGAUCGACAACCGGUUCAAGAGGCGCGAGAGCGUACGCGAGAGAAUGCGGGAAACAUUAGAUCGAUGCACACGACGAUAGUAAUUUUGCUGAAUUUUUUAUUCACUUUGACUGUUGAGAACUUAUUUCGCGAUGUUAAGACGCGCACGGAUUAAACCGCAAAAAUCGAAAAUUAAAAAACAAAAAUCUUAAAAUUUGAAGACUUUUUAAAGUUUAGAAUUUUCUGUAAAAUCUUUUACGGAGACGUGUACGUAUCAUAAUUUUUAUAGUCUAUAUAUCAUAAAUGUUUAUAGUCUAGCUAUUAAAUUUGCACCUAUCAUUAGCGACACGACUAUUCCCGCAUCGGUUUAAUGCAGACAAGUUGCUCCCGCGCUUAGGAUAGUGAGACAAUCAUCCACAUUUCUGCUACGAAAACGCACGUAGCGAGAGCACAUAUCUUAGGUAAAUUCUAUCUACAUAUAUUUUCAGUGAUUAUAGGAGAAGAGAUGAGUCAAUCACACUGUGGGAAACUAGAUGUUCAAGGUAGGGGCCAAUUAACCAUUCCGGGAUCACAGAGUCACAAACGAUUGUUCUCAAUUCAGGAUAUAUCGAAAACGCGAUCAGGUACGACUUGUCGUACGAGGAAUAAUCGUUACUAUAUGAAAGCAUGUACAGUGGAGCGAGAAUUGAGUUCCGUAAGAUCGUCGCCGAAUCGUGGAACUUUGAGCGAAUGCUGCGAAUAUUAUGUAUGAAGUUUCGUUGCAGAAUAUUAUUGCGAGUAUUCUUACGAUUAGCGUAUUAUUAAUUAAGUAUUGCGGCAAUACCUGUUAAAUCAAUGUACAAUACGUGUGUCGACUGUUUGUGCUAUAGUUUGCCUGAAUCCCUCAUAUGUCCGAUCUACAAGACUCUUAGAUCUGCGGAGAAGCGUUUCUUCACCGAUUUCUUCAUCGAGACUUUUCAGGGAGAAAGCUUUUUCGAUAACGUGGAUGCUCUCGUCGAGGAUAAAAUCCGGUUGAGAAUCUUUCUUGAACGAAACGCUCGGUCGCGGAUGUAUUUUUGUUAGGGAAGAAUCUCCUCGGUGACUCAUCGAAUGAGCUACCUUGAAAAUAUUCGUUCACAGGUCUGGGACGCUUUGUAUACCUUUGCCAAGACAUUUAAGAGAUCGAUACAUCAUAGCGAUUUAGCGUGCGAUAGUGCGUGUGUAGCAUAUACCUACGUUUGCGUGUUAGGUCCGGACAGACCAGUAACGUCGUAAUUCGACGUGUAUAAUCGCACUUGGAUUAAUUUACACUUUGGAGGAUGCGGUUUUGCUUGUUGCAGUUUUUGCAUGCACACGCAUGUGGGAGGGGUGCGACCCUCUCUUGUGGAAAUCUUAUAUGCGUAAUUAUUUUUGUAACUCUUUGGAAGAAAGAUGCGAAUAAAUCGUUUAUGUGUA